ACGUUAACUUAGACUGGGCAGGCAGGGACAGACUACUCACUCUUCUUGGACUUGGACUUCUGUCUUGUUCCAUCAUGAAUUUCUUCCUGGAAACGAUCCAAGUCCUCCUGCUGUCCCUCUGGUACAAUGUGGAAUCUUUCAUCCACAUCUUUGUGCCCAUGAAGAAGAAGAACAUCACUGGUGAGGUGGUGCUGAUCACGGGGGCAGGUAGCGGGAUCGGGCGCCUCAUGGCUAAAGAGUUUGCGGCUCGGGACACUGUGCUGGUGCUGUGGGAUAUUAACCAGGAUGGGAUGAAGGAAACGGCUAGACUGGCUAAGCAGAGUGGAGCCAGCAGAGUCCACUACUAUCUGUGUGACUGCAGCGACAAGAACGAGGUUUACAGAGUGGCUGACCAGGUAAAGCGAGAGGUGGGUGACGUCAGCAUUCUGGUCAACAAUGCUGGGAUCGUGACAGGAAAGAAGUUUAUGGAUUCUCCUGAUUCCCUGAUUGAGAAGACGGUGGAGGUCAACACCAUGGCUCACUUCUGGACAUACAAGGCCUUCCUUCCUGCCAUGAUUGCCAACAAUCACGGCCAUCUUGUCAGCAUUGCUAGUUCUGCUGGACUCAUAGGAGUCAAUGGAUUGGCAGGUGUGUGUUUUCUCUUCCUCAUCAAAUGCAC